CCGGAAGUUUUGGUUUUUCAAGCUGCACGCUGACUAUCAUAUGCUGCAAUAACUGGAAUAAACAUCUUUGUAGAGCAUGCAUAAGUAGAGGAAACGAACCCAAACUUUAAAUGUGUUAUUAGACUAAUGAAGAAGUAAGAACAGUCAUGAGCGAGGAAAAGAACGUAGAGGAGUAUCGACUGAACGUGGAUGAGGAGCUGCGCUUUGAGGUUGAGGCAGCUAGCAAUGCCACAGUACAGAUGGAGCUUCUGGAGGGAAUGGCAGAGAUGUUUGGAUCAGAAUUGACAAAGGGAAAAGUCUACAACUUUGACCAGGGGGCAAAAGUAGCCAUCUUUACAUGGCAUGGCUGUUUAAUCAAGCUGCAAGGAAGAACAGAGGUAGCGUAUGUUGCUAAGGAAACACCCAUGGUGAUGUACAUAAAUACCCAUGCUGCACUUGAACAAAUGAGAGAAAAGGCGGAGAUGGACAAUACCAGGGGGCCAAGGGUGAUGUUGGUGGGUCCCACUGAUGUUGGGAAGAGCACUGUGUCCCGUCUCUUGUUGAACUACGCCACCAGGCUAGGGAGAGCACCCAUUUUUGUUGACUUGGAUGUUGGACAGGGUCAGGUGUCCAUACCCGGUACUGUGGGUGCAGUCGUGGUCGAGCGACCAGCAGAUGUAGAAGAAGGUUUCCACCUGAACGCUCCACUGGUUUUUCACUAUGGUCACACUUCCCCCUCCACCAAUCCGCAGCUGUACAAAUUACUGGUGUCAAGAAUGGCUGAAGUCACCAACAUGAAGUGUGACAAACAGCGCAAAGUCAGUGUCAGCGGAGUAAUCAUAAACACUGGGGGGUGGAUCAAAGGUGGUGGAUAUGACUCUCUGAAGCAUGCAGCAGGAUCUUUCGAAGUGGAUGUGAUCAUAGUCCUUGAUCAGGAGAGACUUUAUAAUGAAUUGAAGAGGGACAUGCCAGAAUUUGUCAAAGUCAUUCUACUGCCGAAGUCAGGAGGGGUUGUUGAGAGAAACCAGCACCAGAGAUCUGAUGCCCGUGAUGUCAGAAUCCGGGAAUAUUUCUAUGGAGUGAAGAUCAAUGGGAAAGACACCUUCUUCCCACACCCAAUGGACAUUCCUUUCAGCUCAGUGAAGCUGUACAAAAUUGGAGCUCCUGCCUUACCAGAUGCUUGUCUUCCCCUGGGGAUGAAGUCACAGGACAACAAGCUUAAACUGGUUCCCAUUCGACCAGGAAUAAACAUUUUACAUCAUGUGUUUAGUGUCAGCUCAGCAUCCAGUAUAGAAGAUAAUGUGAUAGAAUCUAAUGCAUUAGGCCAUGUUGUCAUAUCUGGACUGGAUACAGAAAAGGAAACUUUCAACAUUCUCUCACCUUCCCAGAAUCCUCUGCCAAAUGACAUUCUUCUAAUUCUGGACUUACAAUUUAUGGACAUCGAAAUCUGAGGAUUUGUGCAGCAAAUGUUUUGUGGGUAAAGGGAUAUAGCAGUGACUGAAGGAAUCAUUUCAGAAUUUUGUCAGAUUUGUUUCCACAAUAUAAGUUGGUAUGAGACCAAACAAAAAACAAGCUGUUGCGGAAUUUGUUCUGGCUGACCAAUCAUAGUCAAGUACAAAAUGGAGGACAACCAAACAAUAUUGGUUAUGAAUAAGUUGGAAAUUGGGCCAAUCAGUCAUUUUACAAAUGGGAGACUGAUUAUUUAUGAUUUAGGACAAAAUUGAGACUGACCAAUCAGAAUUACAUACACAACUGCAGUGUAUAAACAACGAAUAGAAUAUACCCUAUGAGUGGAUAUUUUAGCAAGAUGAUAUUUUAGCAAAUCUCUGAUUUUGAAAAAAAAAAAUGUUAUGCUACCUACAGCAUAAAGAGUAUAUACUUAGUGCCAAUGAGAAGAUGGAAAUAUUAACAUUUAUACUGUGAAGUUUUAAUGGUAGGAUAUGUGCAGUGUGGAACAUUUUACUACCAGUCCAUUUCAUGUUUUAAAUUAUCUAAUUUUUAUUUUGUUACAGUAUUAAGAUUGUAAAAUUAUAAUUUUUCAUUGGUGUUUAAUGUUUAUUGAAAAUAAAUGAAAAUAACAAAAUAAAAAGGUUUCACAAAUUGA